AUGUUCCGUGUUUCCUCUGUUUCCCGCAUUGCGCCAUCCCUGGCGUUGCUGAACACCGGUAAGGUCGUCUCUUGGAUGAGCGGCCGUGGCUUUGGCUUCAUCGAGGACAAUGCGGACAAGAGGCAGCACUUUGUCCACUUCUCUGCACUGCAGACGGAGACGGGAGGCUACCGCGCGCUCGCGGUUGAUCAGGAGGUCGAGUUCGAGGUGGCGUCGCAGGAUGGACGUACUCGCGCUGAGAACGUGACAGCCCCCGGUGGCGGCAAGCUCCCCUCUGGUCCCCGCCCGCCGGAGGGUUCCCCAGGCGGUCGUGGUGGCUUCGGCGGUGGCCGUGGUCGUGGCCGGGGUGGUCGCAACAGCAACCGCCAGGACCGCGGGGGGGAUCGCGAUGGCAGCCGUCAAAACAACAACUUCAGCGAUGAGUUCUAG